AUGAGGAAGCGGUUCCCUGUCAAUCAAUGGUGCUGCGAUCCGCGGGCGCCGCACCCCAGGAGAAGCCCAGUCUACGGCAGCUUGGUUGUCUUCGCUCUAUUGAACGGAAGAUGCACCGACGUCAUAUGCUUUUUGUGUGUGGCCGCCACCAGGGACGCAGUCCAGUUUCCCGUCAAGCAACAGCUGGAGGCUAUGAACCAGCUUCAAACCGAUACGUCGCUGCUGUACGGAUCAGCUAGGCAUGCAAAGCAAGACAUGCUCUGCAGGAGGACAACCCAUUCCAACGUCUUUGUUUACACUCCUUCCGCCAGCCAGCCAACGACAGCGCGCAUGUUUCUCAUUAAGACGAACCUGGAAAAAUGGAUCCCUCCCGUUUAUCAUCGGUCGGAAGAGGGCCCGAGCCAGCAUGGACGAGAAAAAAAACAGGCUAGGGACUGCGCUCCGGGGCGGCCGCUGACGUCGCCAUGUGGCUUACAAGUUGCCACCACAGCACCCCUGGUCAAUCCAGAGCACCAGCAGGCUACAUGGUCCCCCGCGAGAGAGCUGCGCUCAAAAGCUUGUCCAGCCCCGACAUCAGCCCUGUCUCUGGCUGGUAUAUCGCUCAUACCCAGCCUGUGCCAUCAGUUCGUUCCCAAUACUUGGCCUCUGUUAUCCUGGGACAAAAGCCCCCCUCCACUUGCCGAUCGAAAUACUCCGCCCUUUUUAUCCUCUCGUGGCUUUUUUUUUGCCUUUUUGGCCUCGGCGUCACUGAUCCGUCGGCCAACGAACCCGUCUCGCGCUGAUGGGGGGGUGAGGCAAUUUUUCCUCGAGUCCUUCCUUCUAGAGUUAUGCUGUCGCACUGCCGUCUUUGGGUCGUCUGUACACGCUGGUGUGAAGCUAGCCGCGAUGCCCAAACUGGAAACGUCGCCGCCAGCCUGGCGUCUGUUGUCCGUCGCGUUGCUGAGCACCCCAUACCACGUCUCUGCCACGGAGCGUAUCCGCUGGCAUGAUGAGGAGCUGGGCCGUCAGCGGACGCACUCGCGCCCUCGUCUCAGUCGCACCAAUUCGACUGAUUCGAUGGCUAUUCGCAGCAUUUCGCGAGCGCAGGUCGAUCCGGCCGUGACUCUUCCAAUCCACUACCGCACUGUCUCGUUUGGAAUUGAAGAGUCCAAAGGCAAGGAACGUGCCGAAGCUAUCCGGGCCGCUGAUGCAACCGCCAAAGAUCUUGGUGACUUGGAAUGGCACACAAUCGCUGCCGACGAGGUUUUGUCGCGCCUCAGAACCUCGGCCCAGACUGGUCUCUCGGACGAGCAAGUCAAACGCCGCCAGCUUGAAUACGGUCGCAACGCUCCCUCCCCACCCAAGACGAACCGAACCUUGACAAUCUUUGGCUACUUCUUCAAAGGAUUUGGUGGCAUCCUUUUAGUUGGCAGCGUCCUCGUAUUCGUGUCUUGGAAACCCCUGGGCGAGCCAAAUCCCGCACUUGCCAACCUUGCCCUUGCCAUUGUUCUCUUGGCCGUCUUCUUGCUCCAGGCUAGCUUCAACAUGUUCCAAGACUGGUCCACGUCCCGUGUCAUGGCGUCAAUUAAGGAUAUGCUACCUGAGCAGUCACAAGUGCUGCGCGAUGGAAAGCUCGCUCAUGUUCCCGCCGAAGAGCUAGUCCCCGGCGAUGUUGUCUACAUCAAAUCAGGCAACAAGCUCCCGGCAGAUCUCCGUCUCAUCCAAACAUCCUCAGAUGUCAAGUUUGAUCGCUCCGUUUUAACGGGCGAGUCGCGUCCUGUGCCGGGCACCGUUAAUUUUACGGAUGAGAACUACCUCGAGACGCACAACCUUGGGCUUCAAGGAACUCACUGUAUCAUUGGUACUAGUACUGGUAUUGUGGUUGCCACUGGCGAUAAGACCGUCUUUGGCCGCAUCGCCACCCUAACCAAUGAACCCAAGACACAGAUGACGACUCUGGAGAGGGAAGUAUUGUACUUUGUCCUCUUCAUCUGCGGUAUCAUGCUUACCAUGAUCACUGUUGUCCUUGUCCUCUGGGGUGCCUGGCUGCGAAAGGACCAUCCUGAUUUCAUCUCCGUCAGUGCCCUCAUUGUCAGCUGCGUCAGUGUCGCUGUUGCAUUUAUCCCCGAGGGUCUUCCCAUUGCUAUUACAGCCGGUCUCACCAUCACUGCCAAUCUAAUGAAGAAGAACGAUGUACUCUGCAAGUCCCUCAAGACUGUCGAGACGUUGGGUGCCGUAUCUGUCAUUUGCUCAGACAAGACCGGCACCUUGACGCAGGGUAAAAUGUCUCUUACUGACUGCGCCAUUGGUAGCACCAAUCUCAGCGUGGAAGAAUUCCAGGCGAAACUGGGAAACAAUGAAAAAGGGGGCGACUCAGACGUACGCUCUGCGUUUGGUCAGCUGGGGGCCCUGGCUGCUAUUUGCAAUGCUGCUGAGCUCGAUGCCUCGCAGGCAGAUAUUCCCCUGGCCCAGCGCAACGUCUUUGGCGACGCGACAGACACGGCUAUCCUGCGAUUCUCUGAGUCUAUCGCUGAUGGCAACGUUGGAUACUUCCGAGGUUGCUGGCAAAAGGUCUUUGAUCUUGCUUUCAACAGCAAAAACAAAUUCAUGAUUCGCACGUUUACCUGCAGCCGCAAGGAGGCCCUGGGAUACACACUGCAUUCAUCUGCUGCUUCCGAGUUUGGCGACAACGACAUUCUUCUUACUAUCAAAGGCGCGCCUGACAUCCUCAUCGGCCGAUGCUCUGAAUAUCUCUCCGCUGAUGGCAAAGUCGCCCCGAUGGAUCAAAACGCUCUGGCCACGUUCGAGCACCUCAAGCAGGUAUACUCGUCACAGGGUAAACGUUGCUUGCUUCUUGCGCGGAAAGUUGUACCCGGCAGUAGCAUCAAAAAUGCAGUCGAGGAUGGCGCCUACGAGGCGGAGAUGUCUGAGCUUGCCAAGUCUGGCCUGACACUCGUCGGCCUCGUUGCUAUUGUCGAUCCUCUCCGGCCGGAGAUUCGCGAUGUAGUGUUGACACUUCGUGGUGCUGGUAUCAGAAUUGCCAUGGUUACCGGCGACUUUAGCCUUACGGCUCUUGCUAUCGCCCGCGAUGCUGGCAUCGUCACCUGUGUGCAUGUUGACAACGCCGGCCACCUGGAGCGUAACCCUGAUCCGGCCUCGGACUCUACUGACUCUGAAGAAAAGAGCAGCACCGGUGGUUCGCGCGGUGCGCUCGUUAUUAGUGGCGGCGAGCUGACGCUACUCAACGAACACCAGUGGAAGACACUCACCGAGUACGAUGAGAUUGUGUUUGCGCGCACGACCCCAGAGCAGAAGUUGCGCAUCGUGCGCGAGUUCCAGAAAGACAAUGUAGUAGCUAUGACUGGCGACGGUGUGAAUGACGCGCCUUCACUCAAGGCAGCUGAUGUUGGCAUCGCUCUCGGCAGUGGCUCGGACAUUGCGAUGGAGGCGGCCGACAUGGUCCUGUUGGAUUCGUUCUCGUCCAUUGUGAUUGCGGUGCAGUAUGGCCGUGUUGUGUUUGAUAACUUGAAGAAGGUCAUUGCGUAUCUUCUCCCCGCAGGCUCGUUCUCCGAGUUCUGGCCUGUCAUCACGAAUGUCGCGUUUGGCCUUCCCCAGAUUCUGUCAUCGUUUCUCAUGAUUAUCAUUUGCUGCUUCACGGAUUGCGUGGCCGCCACCGUUCUGUCUUACGAAAAGCCCGAGGCCGACGUGCUGCACCGCCGGCCGCGCAACGUGAAGAAGGACCGCCUGGUGAACUGGCAGCUCAUUUUCCAAGCGUACGGCGUCAUUGGCAUGACGGAGACUCUGGCGUCGUUUGCCAUGUCGUACUGGUACCUCGAGCGCAAAGGUAUCGCGUUCAAAGACCUCUGGUUCUCGUUUGGCAAGAUCCCGCCGUACGUGACGGAGGAGUACUACAACGCCAGACUGACGGAAGCAUCAUCCAUCUACUUUGUCAACCUGGUGGUGAUGCAGUGGUUCAACCUGAUGGCGGUACGGUGCCGCCGGCUCAGCAUUUUCCAGCACCCGCCAGCGUUCAACAAGGCGACGCAGAACUUGUACCUUUUUCCCGCGAUCCUGUUUGCGCUGAGCAUGGCGUUCCUUUGGUGCUACCCACCAGCGAUCCAGCGCGUCAUUGUCACGGCGCCGGUGCCGGUGGAGUAUUGGUUCCUGCCGUUUGCGUUUGGCAUUUAUAUUGUCUUCAUUGACGAAGUGAGACGAUUCUUUGUGCGCAAGUACCCGAGCAGCCUUAUUGCGAAGGCUGCCUGGUAG